AGACAUUUUCCUCAUUUCCUCUGAUUUUCCUCUGAAAAGUAAAAAAUAAUCUUUGGCUGAAAAGAUUAUAAUCAUAACUCUGAAUAUAGAUAAUAAUAAGUACUGAAUUUACAAUUCACGAAAUGGAGAAUACACUAGAAAUAGAUGGUUCAGAAUUAGAAGGAGGAGGACAGAUAUUGCGGUUAGCGCUUUCUAUGAGUGUGUUAAAAAAUUUGCCUGUAAGAAUAAAUAAUAUAAGAGCCGGUAGAUCAAAAUCGGGCCUACUGGAACAACAUCUAAAAGGCGUUGAAUUAAUGGGUUAUAUAGCACAAGCUGAUGUUAGAGGUGCCCACUUGGGUUCAGUAUCUAUAGACUUUAUCCCAAAAAAAUUAAAUGGAGGUCGUUACCAAGCACUUGUGAAAACUGCUGGUAGUGUCACACUACUACUACAGGUUGCUCUCCCUUGUUGCUUAUUUGCUUCAACUGAAACAGAGCUUGAACUACACGGAGGCACCAAUACUGAUAUGGCCCCACAAAUAGAUUACACAACGGAGGUCUAUAGACCUAAUUUAGAGAAAUUUGGAGCGACUUUUGAUUUCGACUUAAUUAGGAGAGGUUAUUUCCCCAAAGGUGGAGGCAAAGUACUGAUUAAUAUCAAGCCAGUAAAUAAUUUGAAACCAGUCACUUUGCUGGAUCGAGGAGAGAUUAUUUCAAUUCAUGGAUGGUCUUUUGUUGCCGGAUCUCUUCCUUUCAGACUGGCUGAACAAAUGGCAGAUGCAGCUCAUGAAAAAUUGCGAGGGGUUGUGAAUGAUAUUAAAAUAGAUGUCUACAAAGAGGACAGAAACAUAGCACCUGAUAACGGAGCAGGUAUUAUAUUAGUUGCAGAAACAAGUACAGGAUGUAUACUUGGAAGUUCUGAUUUAGUCAAGAGGGGAGAGCAAGCUUAUAUUGCCGGAAAUCGAGCAGCCGAUUCUCUAAUAAAAUCUAUUACAGAAGGCGGUUGUGUCGAUGAAUAUUGCCAGGACCAAAUAAUAAUUUUGAUGGCCUUAGCCAAUGGUACAUCGAGAGUUAGAGUUGGGGAGGUGACCCUACACACAAAAACAGCUAUUUACGUUAUUGAGAAAUUCAUCAAAUCUUGCAAAUUUAAUAUUGUUCCUGAAGGGAAGUCCAACAUAAUCGAAUGCAUCAAAUAGAUAAUCUGAUGAUUAUUGUUACUGUGACGAAUUUUAAAGAAUAAAAAUAUUCCAACGAAA